UGCCGUGGUACAUGUUGCCGUGGUACAUGUUGCCGUGGUACAUGUUGCCGUGGUACAUGCUGAUGUGGUACAUGUUGCCGUGGUACAUGUUGCCGUGGUACAUGUUGCCGUGGUACAUGCUGCCGUGGUACAUGUUGCCGUGGUACAUGUUGCCGUGGUACAUGUUGCCGUGGUACAUGUUGCCGUGGUACAUGUUGCCGUGGUACAUGUUGCCGUGGUACAUGUUGUCGUGGUACAUGUUGCCGUGGUACACGUUGCCGUGGCACACGCUGCCGUGGUACACGCUGCUGUGGUACACGCUGCUGUGUCUGA